AUGUCCUCCUCAACCCGCCGCCUCCUAAAAGAAACAACGGACCUCCAAAAAAACCCCUCCCCCCAUUUCACCGCCGGCCCCAUAUCCGACACCUCCCUCCACGACUGGCACUUCACCCUAACCGGCCCACCACCCCCAUCCCCCUUCAGCACAGGAAUCUACCACGGCCGCAUAACCUUCCCACCAACCUACCCCCUCCGCCCCCCUAGUUUCCGCUUCCUCACACCCACGGGCCGCUUCGAAGUCAACCGCGAGAUCUGCUUGAGUAUCUCGGGGCACCAUGAGGAGAGUUGGCAGCCGGCGUGGGGGGUAAGGACGGCAUUAUUGGCGAUUCGGAGUUAUAUGGAUGUUGAUGCGAAAGGGCAGGUUGGGGGUUUGGAGAUGGGGGAUGCUGGGAGACAGGAGUUGGCGCGGGAAAGUCGCGGGUGGAGGUGUGGGAUUGAGGGGUGUAAUGGGGGAAGGAGCAAUGAGGAGGUUUUGAGGGAGUGGAGGGAGGAGGUUUGUAGGGAGAGGGGGGUUGUUCAGGAAGGUGAUGCUGCGCAGUCGACCAGUGCACCGGUAGCAGAACCAGCACCAGAACCUGUGCCGGAGGAACCACGAGAGUCAUCUAGAGAAUCCCAGCAUCAACCGCAACCACAACUGCAGCAGCAGCAGCAGCAGCAGCAGCAGCAACCAAUACUCUCUUCCGUGUCUCAACACCAACCUCAGCCCCAACCUCGACCCCAAACCCAACUUCAAUUUCAAUCCCAACCCGUGCCAACGUCAACAACAACCACGACAGCGACAGCAGCGCAAGACAGCCCCUGGCUAGACCGCGCCAUCAUCGGUGUCCUCAUCGCAUUGAUCGUCACGAUAAUGCGGAGGGUGUUCAGAGACGAGAGCGAAGAUCUGUGA